AUGGAUAAUCACAAAGUGACAAUUGCAUACAAGACUUUAAAGUCAAAUUUGGUGAAUUUACCAUCAAAUUUAACAAAUCUUUUAUUUACAGCCAAUAUUCAAGUCCAAGAUAUUAUCAUCGAAAUGAUUGUACCGUCAACUAACAAACAGCAGAAACAACCAUCAAAAUACUAUGCAGGCUGGUCAGGAAUGUCAUCCUCGAAACUACAAACAUUAGAGAUCGAUCCAAUUUUUGCACAAUCAUUAAAUAUUUUAGAUAAAUCAUCAAUCAUAGUCAACUUAAAAAUUGGUAAUUAUGAAGCAACAAAUAUAAACUUGGAACCAUUAACUAGUUCAGAUUGGGAAGUAGUUGAACUAAAUGCUCAAUUAAUUGAAGAUAAAUUAUUGAAUCAAAGUAGAUGUGUUGCCUUAAAUCAGAUAUUAGUUGUUUAUCCUAAUGCUACAACUUCUGCAAAAUUAAUAGUUACCGAUAUUGGGAACAAUGAAAACAAGUUUGCCAAAAUAUCUCCAUAUUGUGAAAUUGCAAUUGCUCCAAAAGUGAGACAGAAGAAAGAAGUAACUACAGAUAGUAAAAGUGUCACAAGUCUGAAGAGUGUUAGAAAAGAAGAUUAUAAUGGAUUAACACUGAUUUUGAGAAGAGGAAUUAGUUUACCACAUAACUUGUAUAAAGACACCACUGAAAGAUCUGGAUACCAAGUUUAUGUCGACUUUAAUGACUUACCAAAAGAGUUUGAUUCAUAUGUUGCAGUAUCAAUUGUAUCUGGUCCAAAUGAUUUGAAAAACAAUUUAGAAAAUGAAAACGAUAUUAAGGAAAAUAAAAGAAUAAUUGCAAAACUUGUAAACUACAAGAAAUCAAGUAAUAAUAAUAUUGGACUUUCAAAAGAUUUAUCAAUUGCAUUAAAUGUAUUUGGUCAAACUGGGAAUAUAGUAGUUUUAAAACCUGCAAUUAAAAGUUCACCAAAACGUCCUACUACUUUUGUCAUAUGCCCAUAUAUAAUCAAUUCCAACAAAAAGAAAGAAAUAAAUCAAACCAAAACAAAUAAAUCAAUUCAACAAUUAACAGAUGCAUUAUAUCCUCAAAUAUCAACAUGGCCAAUUACAAAUUUUAUGAAAAUACCGAAUAUACCAGGUAUUUUACCCUAUGGUGGGAUAUUAAGAUUUAGAAAAAAUGAAAGUUAUAAUGCAUGGAUUAGACCUUAUGAUUUAAAUACCAAAAAACCAAUUAAAAUAGAAUUGGGUGAUGAGUUGCUAAGACCACAAUCAUUUAUCCAAGAUCUUAAUUCUAACAUCUCACCAGUCGAAGAAUCAGAAGCAAUUGGAACUGAAUCCGCAAUAGAAGAUUUAGUUGAUGCUUUUGUAAUAUCAGAAAAUACAGGUACAUUAAUAUACGGUCAUUCAGGAAGUGGUAAAACAUUAUACUUGAAAAAGAUAAGUGAAAAAUUAAAUCAAGAGCAUGGUUUUUUCACAAAAUACAUUUCAUGUGAUACAUUGAUGAAUGAAAAUUUUCAAAACUUAUCCAAAAAUCAUAUUUUCAAAUGGUUACAACAAUGUUCAUGGAAUAAACCAUCUUUGUUAAUAUUAGAUAAUGUUGAUAAGAUAAUGAAUAUCGAAAUGGAAAAUAUGGAUGCAACAAAAUCAAAUCAAACUACUGAAUUUUUCAUCUCACAAUUAACUAAAUUACAUAAUCAACAAGAUUCAAAUAUUUCAAUAUUACUUUCUGCUACUUCAAAAGAAAGUAUUAAUAAAUUGUUGUUGGGUAGUCAUUUAAUAGAAAAUUUCUAUCAUAUCAACGCACCCGAUAAAUCUUUGAGGUUCAAGAUUUUGGAAAGUCAAUUGUCUGAAAAAUUACAAUGUAAAAUAAAUGUUGACUUAAUGGAUUUAGUCAGUGAAACAGAAGGUUAUCUACCAAAUGAUUUGAAAAUUUUAUGUGACAGAAUAUACCAUCAAUGUUUAUCAUCACCAACCACAGAAGAAGAAGAACAGAAAAAUGUAGUUGAUUCAGCACACGUCACGAAGGCAUUGGAAAAUUUUGUUCCAUCAAGUUUAAGAGGUGUGAAGUUACAAAAAUCAGGCACAAGUUGGUCAGAUAUUGGUGGAUUAACAGACGCUAAAAAUAUUUUAUUGGAAACAUUAGAAUGGCCCACCAAAUACGCACCAAUAUUUGCAAAUUGUCCAUUAAGAUUAAGAUCAGGUAUUUUACUUUAUGGAUAUCCGGGAUGUGGUAAAACUUUACUAGCAAGUGCAGUUGCAGGUCAAUGUGGAUUAAACUUCAUAUCCAUUAAAGGUCCAGAAAUUUUGAAUAAAUAUAUUGGUGCUUCAGAACAAAGUGUUAGGGAGUUGUUUGAAAGAGCACAAGCUGCAAAACCAUGUAUUUUAUUUUUUGAUGAAUUUGAUUCGAUUGCACCAAAAAGAGGUCAUGAUUCUACUGGUGUUACUGAUAGAGUAGUUAAUCAAAUGUUAACACAAAUGGAUGGUGCUGAGGGUUUGGAUGGUGUUUAUGUAUUAGCAGCAACUUCAAGACCAGAUUUAAUUGAUAGUGCAUUGUUAAGACCUGGUAGAUUAGAUAAAAGUGUAAUUUGUGAUAUGCCCAAUUAUGAAGAUAGAUUGGAUAUUUUAAAAAGUAUAACCAACAAAAUGGAAUUAAGUGAUGAUGUUGAUUUGAAUGAAAUUGCUAAAAAUACAAAUGGAUUUAGUGGUGCUGAUAUGCAAGGGUUAGGUUAUAAUGCAUAUUUGAAGGCUGUUCACGUCAGACUAGAAGCAUUAGAAGCACAAGAAAAUUCGGAGGAGAAAGGUACAAAUAAUGAUGAAUCAAAUAUUGAAUUUUUCAAAGUUAGUGGUGAUGAUAAAAAUUUAAAAUUAAAAUCAACUGAAAGGGUAAAAUUAUUACAUCAAAUUCAACAAUUUACAUCAAAUGAAAAACAUUCACAAAUAAAAGAUAAAACAGCAGACAAGAAGUCGGAAGAUCCAAGAGUUUUGAUUACUCAAACUAAUUUCUUAGAUUCUUUGAAGGAGACAAAACCCUCAAUUUCACUUACAGAGAAACAAAAAUUGAAUAGAAUUUAUUCUCAAUUCGUUGAUAGUAGAGAUGGUAAUUUACCUGAUGGUACACCAAGUAAUGAAAUUGGUGGUAGAACUACAUUAAUGUGA